GGAUAAGAACAAAGAGAGGAACACAAUAAAUAAUAAUUCAACAAUACGUUCAUUGAUCAAUCGGUAUCUCUAUAGAGCCCGCAGAUAAAUCUCGAGAAAGAUCGAUCUGCGUAGAACGGAAAAAUCUUCGAAGAACAAUACUACGGGAUCAUAUUUUUUGUGUCGCGGACGUUUAAAUUCAAAUUUUGAUGAACAGAUGGCACUGGUUUUUUUUUUUUUUUUUUUUAACUCAGUUGAACUGAAAUGUUUUUCAAUUAUAUGACCGGUAGAUGAAAUGUCGGGACUUGGUGAUAAAUUGAUUACGCGAGAAACGAUCGCUAGGAUGAGAAAUGGACGGUGUGAAUUUAUAGCUGGUAAUUUAACGAGUGAAAUUGCCCGUAAGCGCAGAUUCUCCAGAGAUCUAUUCACUGGUAAAUUCAUUCCGUUUCUUCUCUAUGAUAACCUUGUAAUGGGGUAUGAAGUAGAACGACUUGUUUUAUAUUAUGCCGACGAGACGCCUUUUUUCGAACGUCGAGAACGAUCCUUGGUCGUCAUCCUGAUCAAAUAUACCUUGUUUGAUUCAUACAUUGGAAUAGUUGAAUUUUCUUUGAUCGAGGAAGAUGAUGACCCAUUGGGUGGGGAACUCGUUUCGGCCCUCAUUGUCGUCUUCGGUAAAGUCUGUGAAGUGGAUAAAGAAUGGCAGUCAAUUCGAACUUUACAUCAUUUGACAUUGUAUACGCUACGUGAGAAAUGAGGGAAAUUGAUACGUCGGAAGAGAUGAGAAAAAAAAAAAAAAAAAUUACCAAUCGUAAUCAUAAUAAUAAUAACAAAAGAUAAUUUGAGUUCUGCAGGUGGGUUCGAAAACGUUUCAUUUACCUAUAGAGAUGACAUUUAUCGGCAUUCGUAUGAAACGCGGCGUCUGCCAGGACUUCUUCCCCGAUGUGGACCUUUUUGGGACAAAAGACGAUCAUGUUACGCGAGUAGCUUUUAGAUUUCCGAUCUUCCAAUGGUAGUAGAGGUAGUGGAUAGCAAUGGUUAAAACUUGAAUUUUACCAUCGCACGUCAACAUGACGAUAUCGCAAUACUGGUAUACCGGUUAUUCAAUAAUUACCUACUCUCACCCGAGAACAAAAUACUUUCGAUGUAACGAUAAGUGACAGAUUUUUGGAAACUCACUUCGAUAAUGAGUAGUAAAUUAUUACUGUUCGUUCAUCGUGCAAUAAUCUCGAAUAGAAGUUCAGGAUAUUCAAACACGCUGAAACUGAUAAGUAAUCGUGCAUCAUAGUUAUAAAUGUAUCCAAGUUUUGCAGCGAAUGCAUGUGCGAAUCGGCCUAAUUAUGCCCGACUUAUCAUCGCUCGAAUAAAAGUUAUCAGCCGAUUAUUUGUUUGUUUAUUUUCUAUUUCAAGUGCCUUGUGCAGUUUGCCGUACGUACAAGCACGUUACUCUCGCCAAAGCAUUUGAUAGGUUUUAGCGUUUCGUGGACCUACGAUAUAAGAUCAUCGAUUCGAGGUCGUCGUCAUCAUUGGUGUGCGGAUAAAACGUCGGUGGUACAAAAGUUGGCUUUCGGCGGGUGAGAAAAGAAAGGAACCUAACGAUUGUUGUAAUUUACAGCUGCGAAGAAAAAUGUCUGCCAGGUUGAUAAAAAUUUACAGCGGCCCCCCAGAUAACGUGGAUUACAUUAUCCUGCCCGAGGAAAGAAUCGAGGAAGCUUUGAGAGUGCAGCAGGGUUCUAUGGGCCGUGAGAAUAUCGCGUUACGAUUUGGUCUGUCGAAUAAUCCGAGUUCUGGUGAAACAAUGAAGAUUAUUUUUCGGGAAAUGGUGAAAGAUCGGUGCAGCGUUGUGGCGGUGCAUACGAAAACUGACGAAAUCGUAGGCGUUUGUUUCAACAAACUGCACUGGGUUCCAAUGGGAAAUGGAGAAAGAAACGAACUGGAAAUAUUUGUGGCGAAUAACAUCCGGGACGAAAGAUGUCGAGGAUUGAUCGAUUUUCUAUCUCAUUAUUACGGGGCUAGUUGUGUACUGGAGUUAUUCUACGUGGGAACAGAUUCCCGUUUCGUCGGUCAUGGCGUCGGCCUAAACUUACUCAAAGCCUCGAUCGAGCUCGGUCGUCGUCUGGGAAAAUCGAAAACAAUGGCGCAUCACACUUUUCAGGUAGCACCGGAAGUGGCCUAUGGAAUUUUCACAUCGAAUUCCAGUCAGCGGGUCGCAUCGCGCCUCGGUUUCCAGUGGCUUGUCACCGUUCCCUACGACGAAUAUUAUUGGCGUGGGGAAAAAUUGUUUGACGGAAACGGUGAUGCCCAUGAAACGGCACAGCUGGGCGCAGUGAGAAUCAAUAUGCGCUGAACAUUUUCAUUACAGGAUAUUGUACGUUCUAAUUCCGUUGUUGAUGUUAUAUCCACUGCAUGACUUGGUGCAAGUUUGGAAUCUAUUCGCAUAUUUUGAACGUAAUUCUAUAAAAAUUAAUUAUCAAUACCUAUAUUGCGUUUGAAGCGUGUGCAGACCUUGCACAGAUCGGUGUUCAUUGAUCACUGUAAUCACAUGGUUGUGAGAAUCUGUUUUUUUUUUUUUCUUCUUCUCUUCUUCAUCGGUGGUUUGUCAUAGGGGUGGGUGCGCACGUUGAAGCGUCUCAUUGCGUAUCUGCAUGUAUAAUCACAAAUCGAGUGAUCUAGGGGAUUGUAGGGUUUUUAAGUUUUUAAGUUUAAGUUUGUAAUUAUUUGUAAACAGUGAUGAUAAACAAAAAUAGUUCCAAUCAUC